UUGAAAUUGUCAAAUUGUUGUUUGAUUAAUGAUGGAGAAGAAAAGUGCACCGGAGGAAGGAAAAGGAAAACAGCCGACGGCGGCGACUAAGCAGAGUCAUCAUCAGCCUCCUAAUAUUUCACCCAUGUAUCCAGUGACACACGAUGCUUACGGUGGCGGAAUGUACGGAACCGAGCAGGGACAGGCGAAGAAACCGGAAAAGCCGCCGGCCAGCGAGACCCAAGGUGCUGAUGGACCGGAUGAGGGCAGGAAGGAGCCCAAACACAAAGCUCCACCGUCAUCCGGUGAUCGAGACAUUGAUAUCACCGGGCAAUCUUAUAUCCAGUAAA